AUGGGUAAUACAAUAUGUGGUGGACCUGUGUUACAGGGGUCAUCCUACCGCGACAGGAUCCUAGAAGUGGAUGGAGUAUGCGUGAGGUCAGCACAGCACGAGCGCGCCGUGCAGCUUAUCAAGGCAGCAGGAGAUACCGUCACACUUACUGUGCAGAGUCUACUAGCAUGGGUAACUAGAUCUUCUAUCUUGAGGUAUAAGAAUACAGACUCUUCAGACGUGGAGCAGUCAACUCCGCCCACAUCUCCCACUCCCUCCAAAAAGGAUGGCAAGAAGUCCCCAGCACCCCCAUUGCCGCAGAAAACUCCACAGCAUGAGAUCAAGAUAACGGUGACAUCAGAAGCUGACGUGGAAAAAGAAGCGACUGACAGUGAGAAGCCAGUGGAGAGUGAUCCUCCACCAGCACCAGCUAAAGUGGUGUACUCCGACUCCGAGAGUAGUGACGAGGAAGAUGAGAGGGAACUGCAGGGCAGGACUUAUUCGGAUAAAGGAGUUGAGAUCGAUCGAGCAUCAGCAGGAGCAGUAAAGCGCAGCAAAGAAGAGAAGGAAGCGGACCCAGAAGAAGAAGAUGACUUCGGCUACACAACAAAGUAUGGUUCACACAAUUUACGAUCUCUGGCCACCGACCGUAAGCGCGGGCCUACGGACGGCGAGCAUGAUGGGUGGCUCGCCGCCCGACCAGAACCAGACUCGAGCGUACGGCGCGUCGCGUUCCGCGCGCUACUCAAAGAGCCAUCAGACCACCACAGAUGGGGCCUAACAGGGCUGAUGCUGAUACGAAGUCGCGGAGAACCUAACGGGUUACCGGGGCUCUGGCUCGAAGCGCAGGAGAAGGAACGGGGUGGUUUUUAG